AUGGAUGUGGAGGUGAGUGCUGGCAGGGACAGCACCUGGAGAGGAGCAGCAGCAGCAGCAGCAGCAGAUGAUGCAGGAGGAGGAAGCAUGGAGGCUCAGGUCGUACCGCUGGAGCUCUACGAUUCUGCAAGAGCCAAAAUAGACGCAAAUCUCCGCUGGCUGUUUGCUAAGGCUUAUGGUAUAGAUCAAAUACCGGCCGACCUGAGGGACCCCUUCUACACCGACCAGUAUGAGCAAGAACAUAUCAAGCCCCCCAUCAUCCGCAAGCUGCUGUCUGCCGAUCUCUACUGCCGGGUGUGUGGGCUCAUCCUGCACGCUGAGCAGGCCGCCUCCCUACAAGGUCACCAGUCUGUCAUCCAGGCUCUGUCCAGGAAAGGCAUCUAUGUCCUGCAGGCAGACAACACACCUGUCUCUCAUCUAGACCUCAGCUCGGCUCCCAUCAAGAUGAGCUCCCACAUCCACCUCAUUGACGCCCUAAUGAUGGCUUAUAUAGUGGAGAUGAUCAGUAUAGAGAAGGUCGUGUCCAGCAUCAAGCGUUUUUCCAACUUCAGUGCCUCCAAGGAGCUGCCUUUUGACCUGGAAGAUGCAAUGAUCUUUUGGAUCAACAAGGUGAACAUAAAGAUGAGGAGAUCAUCGAAAAAGAGUUAAAAAUGAAGCACAUCUGCUA